CACAAAAGCCGGUGUUUAAUUAUGUCUAUGCAAGACGGUGUAAAAAGUGAUCCUGAGUUGAGUGGAGCCGAUGGGUGUAUUUGGGUUUAAUCGUUGUCGUCAGCUGGACUGUUCCUGAGGACAUCACGGGGUCGCUCUGACCACACGAGCCUCGGUCGGCUGCAGAGUCCACUUCGCAUUUUGAGCGACGCCCCCAAAUUCCGUGCAGAGUGUUUGCAGACCCUCCGGGACGGAGAGGUGGAGGAGGAAUCGGCAGCUCCGCCGUCCACAUACGCUAUACGAUCGGCUCGACAUUAGUUCAUGACUUCAUCAUAUAUUUGACAGGAGAGGCCGGGGACCGCGUUGGGAAGCUCUCCAGGACUCUGAAGCCGCUGCAGAGAAUGGGAAUAGGGACACAGGCCAAGGCUUGCCAUUUUGGCUGAAGUAACAGCAGGACAGUUGUCAGCUCCGCGUCAGCUUCAGUCCCCUUCUCCCACGCACACAAAAACACAAGGGCAAACCGCCCCCCCCCACACACACCCAGCCACUGCCAUGUCCACUGCCGUAGACAUCGCUGGCCCUUCCUCCCCGGAUCAGGCCCACAGCAGUGCUAAAAUCCCCAAUGAGCCCCUGAGACCGAGCCUUAAGCGCUCCAACCACCCCUACAGCCUCUCCCAUUACAUCUCUACCCCUUCCCCUGCUGUGGACGUCAAAGGCCUGAUCCAGCCGUCCCCGGCACAGGAGCAGCGUCCCACCCAGCCCAGUAAGCCCCGCCGGGCCCCCUCCUGGCCUGACAUGUGGGAGUCGCCCAGCGGGCUCCACCUGGCCCAUGCCGCAGAGCUGCUGAUGCGUGCCGGACUGCUGGCUCUCACCCCCGCCACCACGGAGCAGGCCAGCCUGGGCGCGCAGAGCAGCCAGCCAGCUAAGAAAGAGGCUGCAGAGGCUAAGGGCGGAAAAGGAGAUGGCGAGGGAGGCGGGUCUGGGCCGGAGGAGGACGAAGAGGACUCCUCUGGAUGCAGCACUGACUUCCAACCCUUCCUUGGCGCCUGGUUCCCCUUCAGCCCAGCUCUGUUCCCUCUGGCAGGCUUUCAGAUGGGGGGAGGCCACUGGAGGAGCACGGCCGUGGGAGCGGAGGGCAUAGAGGGGCUGGUAGCUGAGGGCUAUUCCCCCAGCUCGCUGGGCGGGGGCGGCGGAGGGCGAAGGAAGAGGAAGAGGUGCGGGGAGUGCGUGCCCUGCCGACGUCAGACGAACUGCGAACAGUGCAGCAGCUGCCGCAACCGCAAGAGGGGACACCAGAUCUGUAAAUACAGGAAGUGCGAGGAGCUGAAGAGGAAGCCCGGGGGUCCUGGGUUCGACAGCAGGGUGUCCGGGUUUGAUUUAAGGGGGUCCGAUUUUACUUUGGGUCUGGCACAGGAGAGAAGCAACGGGGCCCUGGACGGAUAGUAGCUCCUGCGUUGGCAGAGACCGGUCGGAUGAUUGUUGGGAGCUGUAGUUUACGGGACACCACAAUAACAUGCUCGGACUGCGGUACAAAGCUCCGUUUAAGAAUGUCCACACCUGUUUCCAUCCUUUCUUUUGACAAUCAGUGAAUAUGGGAGAGGAGAAAAAAAAAAAAGAAGGAUACCAAUGUGCGUCAAUAUUUAGAUGACAACAAAAAUGCCUGUACAUAAGACUGUAAAUAUCUGGAAAACAUUAUGUCCUUUUUUUACAUUGCUUUCCAGUUUGGAUGUACCAUGCUUCAGCAUAAAGACGGAGCCAAAAUGAUUUUUUUUUUGUUGUUUCUAUGGAGGAGUUUCUUGCUUCUGUUGUUCUGACGUCACUGCAUCAGUAAGAAAUGAAUGAGUUCAGCCUUGGCUAAGUUAUUUCCUGUGCUACGUGUACUGUAUAGCUCUGUUUGCCCUUUUGAAAUAAAAGAAGUUUGCCAUGUG